AUGUUCGCCGUCUACCGUCUUGCUUAUGGGCCGCUGCGCUGGUCCUGGGCCAGCUUCUCUGGCUCUGGCCCUCUCCUCACCACCGCACAGGAGGCAAUGCCCGCACCCGGGCCCCAGGAAACCCAAAACCGCCCCAGAUACUACUUCCCGCGACACAUCAAGCGCCAGAUCGUGACCAACACAACCGGACCAGCAGCGCCAACACCCCAGCUCACGUCCUCCGACUCGAGCUCCUCCAGCUCGCUUGAAUCGCGCAAGUUCGACCUCACCUCUGCGUUGAGCCAGCUCUUCUCGGAAUCGAAAAUGGACAGCUCUUCCAGCUCCUCGAACAGCAUAUUUGAUACUACAAGCGAACCUGACCGACCGACCACCGUUACUUCAACCCGCGAGAUCAUCAUGACACCCGUACCAAUCCCAGCACCAGACCGAAGCGAACCCUUUCCCGGAACUGGUAACUUGAGCCCAUCUCCUGCGCCUGUGGUAUCGACCCCGGAAGAGCAACUUCCGUCUUCGGCGCCGCAGUCCACGCCUCAGAAGCCUGAUAGCCAGACUCCAGAGUCGUCGCCUCAGCCAGCGCCAGUGCAGUCUUCAAGUGCCGCCGGCAACUUGCUCAAUCCUAUUCUUGGCCCUACUGGUCUGCUUCCAGGCGUCAUUAUCCCAGCUUCAUCAUCAUCGUCGUUGGUUGCAAGCUCCAGCGUUGCGCCUUCCAGCACUGUCGCAGAGGCUUCUACGCAGCCGACGGCCUCACCAAGCUCCGCUGCUGGUGGACUACUUCCGUCACUGCUCGCACCUAUCAUCGGACCCACAGGCGGCUCUGUGACUCCUUUGAUUCCUCUGCCAACUCCAGCCGCCCCGGUUUCUUCUGGACAGCCUGCUGCAUCUACCGGCUCUGCUCCUGAGGUUGUUGUUCCUCCCACCUCGGCGCCUGCAUUUACACCUCAGUCAUCGGCACCUGCUGGAUCUAGCUUCCAAGGACCAUUCAUCGUUCCCGGAUCCACCGGAGGAGCCAUCCCCUCGUCUGUGGUUCAGCCAACCAGUUCUCAGGGACUGGUGGGUGGUCUGCUCUCGUCUGUUCUGGACCCCGUGAUUGGCUCGACGGGAACACCUGUUCCCUCAUCCGUGAUUCAGCCCACGACUUCCCAGGGACUGGUGGGUGGUCUGCUCUCGUCUGUUCUGGACCCCGUGAUUGGCUCGACUGGAGCACCAAUUCCCUCAUCCGUGGUUCAGCCCACUUCUUCUCAGGGCGUGGUUGGUGGUCUCCUCUCGUCUGUUCUUGACCCGGUAGUCGGCUCAACAGGCCUUCUCCCGACCAGCGGUCUCUUGCAACCCACCCCUGCUCCUGCUUCGCCAUCUAGCCAGCUGCCUUCAUCAGUUCAAGCAUCUUCUGGUGGAAUCGUUGUGGGUAUUACGACAGCCCUCGGAACUGGCGCACCAGUACUGAGUGCUUCAAGCCCCGUGUUGAGCUCCGGUGCAAUCCCAACGUCUGAGGCUGUUGCAUCUUCCGGACUUCUCAACCUGCCAUCCGUUUUGUCUUCGCUCGUCUCCGAGGUUUCUGGAGUUCUGCCUUCAGGAUCGGCUGGACCAACCGCGCCCAUUUCACCCUCGCCAACUGCAGCACCAUCAGCAGCACCAUCAGGCGUUCUGCCACCUCUGGUCUCCUCGUUGGUCUCCGAUGUCUCCAGCCUAUUGUCUGGCGUUCCAGGAUCUGUCCUUCCUAGCAUCGUGUCGAGCUUGGUUUCCGAGCUCCCCACUGGCACUGCAUCUGCUCCUCUCCCACCUGCGAGCAGCCUUGCAUCAAGCAUUGCGUCAGACAUCUCGUCUGGUCUCAUUUCGUCCGGCGUGUUGCCCACUGGUAUCUCGAGUCUCCUUCCCAUCCCGGCGUGUUGCCCACUGGUUCUUCGGAGCGGUCAUUCCAUCUGGCGUGCUCCCCACUGGUUCCUCGAGCCUCAUUCCGUCCGUGAGACCCUCAUCCCCACAACCAGUGCUAUCUCCUCUGGCUCGACCCCACCCGCUGUCAGCCAAAGCUCGUCUGGUAUCCUCCCUUCAGGCUCAGGCAUCUCGGGAUCCGGCGUUUCGUCUGCUCCGGCUGUGACGUCCGCUCCCGUUCAAUCGAGCAGCGUGCCCGCUUCCGAAGGCCCUGCAUCUAGCAGUGCGGCGAUUGUCCCACCUAGCUCUAGCAAUGCCACCCUCUCUGAGACUCCCACGUUUGUGCUUCCGACCAGUGCCUAUGAGACCGCUUCUGCUUCUGCCACCCAGAGCCAGGUCGUCACCAGCAAGCCUGCCCCAGUCCAAUCUCAGAAGCCGACUGGAACCGAUAGCGCUACUAGCAUGCUUGUCGGCACGAGCAUCAUUCGAGAGUCGACUUCCAACGCCACACCCACCCCAACCUCCAGCGGAAUCCCCUCGUCUUUGCCGAAGAUGAUUGCUCCCCCCGAAGGUGUGCCCACGGAAUACCCAGCCAACAGCUUCAUGGGACAGGUGUGCUUCAAGUGGCCGCUCAACUACCCAUUUGUAUCCGCCAACGACGGGCUAUCGCCUGACGGUCUCAACAUCACCGAGGCGGAGGUCCGCAACAUUGGUCUUAGGCCUCUCGACACCACCGCCUACCAAGGCUUCAUUACCACACUGGCUUUGUUCACUAUCCCCUCCGAUCUUCAGGGCAAGCUUCAAGCUCAGCUUCGCAACCCUGCUGAUGCGUUCUGGCACAACAAGGACUCCACGGUCAACGACCUCACCAGCUUGAUCAACACUGCCUGUCCUCUGCCUGCUGGCAAACUCCCUGGCGAUAACUCGAGCCCCAACCAAGCCGGUGGUGGCGGUCCAUCCACGUCUGACAAUGGAGGUGAUGGUGACGGCGGCGCCCUUGGUGGCGAUGCCAACGCAAGCCGCCCGAUCAACGCCUCCGCCGCCGGUAUCGCUACCGGUGCCAUCGUUGGUGCCAUCGCUUACGGUGCUGCCAUGUUCUUUGUUGCCCGCCGUUACAGGAACAAGCGCGUCGCUCACCAGCGCUCCAGCUCAGUGCCCAGCACUGGAAGCCGUAUGACCUAUGGCUCCAUCCCCGGCGGCGCUGCGGCUUGGAUGCACGGUGCCCGCAACGGACGAAUAACACCUGGUAGUCGAGGCAGCCAUGGUAGUGCAAGCAGCCAAGGGCCCAGCGUUCGCACUCAGCAGAUUUCGGCACCUGUCAUGGCUGAGAACUCUCUUGGCUGGAACUGAUUGCCUCACUGAAAGCGAUCACUCUCAACGACUCCCUGUACCAUAUUCUGGACGCAGGAAGGCCCGCGACCUCGAUUGAGGCGCCGGACUUCUUAUGUAUAUUCACGACGUCCCUGCUUUCUAGCAUACCUGGAUUUUUUCGCCAUUUACCCGUUGCAACCGACCUCGUCUAUGCUAGCAUACUGCAUCUAGCCAUAUCUCCCAUCUUGUCGACUCGCACUACCUUUUCAACACUCUCCUUAACAUCUAAAACAUAAACUUACUAUUUAUUCUUUA